GGCGACAGGAAAUCGUCGUGAGGAGAAAGCAUCCGUGAGGGCGUUGGAAGCGCCGGGGAAACGCCCCAGCGAUCGGCAGACCGGUAGCCGCAGGUGGUUUUGUGUCCUGUAUAGGGGAUGGAUAAGCAGUCAGCAUUGCCUGGACCACCCCUAUUGACAUCGCCUCCCCCUCCCCUCCUUCUACUCAACAACCACACAACCGCGUGUGCGUGUUUGAUGAUCUGUCCAAGUGGUUGAACGCCCAUCGCCAUGUCUUCUGCUCUCAGCAACGGGCUGUCAGAGACUCUGCUGCGGCCGCGGGUCGUCAAGGCGAAGCUCGAAGAGGCAUCCCUUGCGCCUCCGCUAGAGAGGUCGUUGGAGUCUAGUGGUUACUCUACGCCAGUGCCUGAGGAUGCGCCGCCGUCAGCCUUUUCCAUCUCCUCCGCCCGCAAACAGGCGCGCGCACGCAACCGCCUGUUCUACACGAUCGAUUACGUGCCCCGAGUGUCGCACUUUGACCCGAAGAGCGACUACCACGACUUUCGGGGCUUCUUCACGCUGUUCUGGAUUGGGCUGUUUAUCAUGGUCGUGACCACCGUGCUGCGCAACAUUAAGGAUACAGGGUACCCACUCCGCGUGCAGGUGUGGGCGAUGUUAUCGGCGAACGUGUGGGAGCUGGCCUUGAGCGAUCUGGCCAUGGUGGUCAGUACAGGCCUGGCCCUGCCGAUCCACCUUCUGGUGCGUGGGAGCUCCGGAUGGCUUGCGUGGUCGCGCGGCGGCAUGGUGGCGCAGAGCGUGUUUGAGGCGUGCUGGCUGGUUCUCUGGAUCAAUUGGCCCUUUAUGCUGCACUGGACCUGGACAGCCCAGGUAUUCUUUACGCUGCACACGCUGACCUUCCUUAUGAAAAUGCACUCGUACGCCUUCUACAAUGGCCACCUGAGCGAGACGGAGCGCCGGCUGUCCUCACUAGACAACCCCGGGGCUGUUUCGCUAGAUGCUGCGGUGCGAUACCCAAACCGAACCACCCAGCCACACCACCACCCGCUGCAACAGCGCCUGGAUGCCGAUAAGAGCGAUGAGGACGAGGAGGAUCCCAUCACCAAGCUGCGGGAGGAUCUCGCCAAGGAGCUGACCUCGCCCCUGGGCCAUAUCACGUACCCGCAGAACCUGACGUGGACCAACUACGUGGACUUUGUCUUCUGCCCGACCCUGUGCUAUGAGCUCGAGUACCCGCGCACCGACGGCCGCCGCUGGACGGAGCUGGCGUCCAAGACCCUCGCCGUCUUCGGCUGCAUCUUCCUGCUAACUCUGACCAGCGAGGAAUUCAUCCUUCCGGUGCUGAGCGACGCAAGCCUCCGCCUCCAGCUCGUCGAGAGCACCUCCGAGCAGGCCCUCAUCCUCGCCGAGAGUAUCAGCAUGCUUUUGUUUCCCUUCAUGGUAACCUUCCUGCUCGUCUUCCUCGUCAUCUUCGAAUAUCUCCUCGGCGCCUUUGCCGAGAUCAGCUGUUUCGCCGACCGCCACUUCUACUCCGACUGGUGGAACUCUUGCGAUUGGUAA